AUGAACUGGUGCCAGUUCAAGCUGGGCGAGUGGCAACUGGAAAGUGGAGUGGUGCCAGUUCAAGCUCCACCAGCUGACAUGUUUGGGGGAAGUUUCGGUUUCGGUACCGGGAUAGUGGUCCUAGCUGCUAAGUGGCCGGAUCCCGGACCACUUAGCAGAGGGGACCACUGGAUCAAUUUCACUGGUUCCACUCCAAGUGGGACCAUCGUGAAGAUGGUCCCACUCACUAAGUGGGACCUGUCCAAAAACCACUUUGAAGUGGUCCCACUCCAGAGUGGUCCCAUUCUGAAGUGGUUUAACGAACUGGUCCCCCAUGGGACCACUUGGCAAGUGGGACCCGAGUGGGACCAUCACCAGGAAUCAUGCUGCAUCUGUGGGUUUCAUCAUGGCAACCCAGAUAAGCUCCCGAGUAGCUCCCAGUUCCGCUUAGAGGAGAAAUCAUUUCCAAACUUGCUAUUUCGGCUACGACCAGUUGCUAGCUGGUAUUUUGAACUGGGACCAGUCCAAGGGACCAGUUCAAGCUGGGACAAGCUGCCAACUGGUUUUGAACUGGUCCCAGUUCAAACUGGGAGCAGCUCAAACUGUGUCAUUGAACUGGGACCAGUUCAAGCUGGGAUCAGUUGCAAACUGGAUUUGACCUGGUCCCAGUUUGAACUGGUCCCAGUUGGAAAAUUUUUCAUCUGGGGUUUCGAUACCCAGACAGUCAGGAGUGAGGAGGAGAAGGGCUCGCGCGACGAGGUGGUCAUGCGAACAAGAGAAGAACUGAAGAAAGAAAGAAACGAAGAGAGAAACUUGGUUAGCCCCCAUCGCACUUUUUUCUUCCCUGGCUUCCAGGUCUACAGCCUGGACAGGCCUGCGGACCUCAUCUCCCUCAUGCGAAGCUCUUGCCGUUCAGAUUACGCCCCUCGUGGCGGAUCUUUGACGAUAGUGAACGUGUACUGUCCGGCAGGCUUUCAAUCACCUUCUAUCCUCCACAAUGUCCUCGUUAACGCAUCUCAUCAGUUCCUCGUCGUCGGCGACUUCAACUCCCAUCACACCACAUGGGGCCUCAAGACUGACGCAUGCGGUAGGGAGCUCUGGAACUGGAUCUGCCUGCGUAAUCUCUCUCUAGCGAAUGACGGCUCCCCAACGUUCCUACGCGGGACGACGCGAUCCGUUCUCGACCUCACUCUCUGCUCCCCAUCGCAAACAAGCCUCGCCCUACUCCUUGACGAAUGUGUUGGACUACCUGCCGUGGACCGCGCUUCCCGAGCUACCGAUGCACUCUCGCGCUCAAUAGUGACGGCUACGUUUCACCUUGAGAGGCACUCAUCGUCAAAUUGUGCGCCUUGGUGGUCCGAGGAAUGCACUAGAGCCUAUCGCCGCCGCAAGGCCGCCUGGAAGCAGGUUCUCUCAAACACGUCCCAUGCAAAUUGGAAGAACUACCAAUUCCUCAAGGCCGUCUUCAAGCGUACCAUCUCCGCCGCUAAGCAAGUCUUUUAUAAUAGCCGCAACUCCUUCCUGUCCCACCCGAAGCGCAGGAAGGCCUUGUACAAGCACAUCGCUUACAUUCGGAGGUCUUUCUCUAGCGCCUCAUGCAAUGAGCUUUCUGUCGCCCCUGACGACGUCGCAAAAGCCAGGCUUGAAGCUGUUGCCGAACGUCUCUCCCUACGCUUCCGGAAUGCAGUUCCCCGUGGCCCUCCCUUUCCCCAAGCGUCGCCAUCUGGCUUCUUCCCUGUAACUGAAGAGGAGCUCGAUGCUGUCGUGCGCUCCCUACCUAGAUCUGCACCCGGUCCGGAUGGCAUCACCAGCGCAAUGGUGAAGUCUUUGUGGGCGUCUCACCCUCAUGAACUUUUAAAUAUCGCGAACGUAUCCGUGGAGCACGCAUGGAUCCCCGGUGUCUGGAAAAUUGCGAGAGUGGCGGUCAUCAAGAAAGUUCCCUCCAGGGGCCUGGAGAUAGACAACGUCCGCCCAAUUGCACUGACUUCUGUCCUUUGCAAGACCACAGAGCGCGUUUUGCACCGCCGGCUCGAGUCUUACUUAGAGGCCUCAUCUGUACUCAAUGAUAGCCAGAUUAGGUUCCGCCCUCGAUGCUCUAUCUGGAUGGCACAUGUGAAUCUUGAAAGCCAGAUCCGCCACGCACGAGAGACUGGAAAUAUCUCUGCCCUGGUUGCACUAGAUGUUGCUAAGGCUUAUGACAGCGUGGAGCACAGCGUCCUACUCCACAUAAUGGCUUCGGUGCGCGUUCCCCCCUACAUCAUCUCCUGGGUCGACAGCUUCCUUACAGGGAGGUCAUUCUUCUGUUCCGACGGCCGCUUUACCUCCUCGCAGCAAGCUCAGCACAGAGGCGUACCCCAAGGCUCCGUCCUGUCACCCCUGCUUUUUAAUAUCCUGAUGAGCUCUCUGCCCUUCGACCAGAACAUCCUCACCAUAACCUACGCUAAUGACAUAGCCUUCUUUGCCUCUUCCCCGUCGCUGCACCUGCUAUAUGAGAAGCUGCAAGUGUACCUCAACGCACUUUCCGCCUGGAUGCGCUCUGUUCACCUCUCGCUGAACGUUCAGAAGUGCGCGGUGCUCCUUUUCACACCCUCUAGGUACCCUUCGAGCCCUGUGACGACCGAUCUCAAGGGUGCCUCCGGGUCCAUCCGCCAGACGAACCUGCUGAAAUACCUCGGUGACUGGUAUGAGGGACACUUGGACUGGGCCCACCAUCUGGAGGUUGUCAGCCAAAAAGCCACGAAGGCAUGUAGCCUUCUCCAUCGCUGCUCCAGCACCCGUAUUGGGAUGCGCAGAAACGCCCUCCUGCUCGUUUACAAGUGCUACAUCCGUCCUGUCCUGGAAUUCGGCUGCGUCCUUUUCUCCCACCUCCCUGAUUACCGCCUUAGAAGGCUCUUCAUCAUCGAGAGGAAGGCGCUACGUCAUUGUUUGGGCCUCCCUAAAUACACCUCGAACCAAGCACUAUACUGCGAAGCACGCAUCCUUCCUCUGAAAUCACGUUUCCGUGUCCUGCCAAUUAACACUUUCCUCUCCUUGUGCCAGAGCCCUUUGUCUUUGAGGCACAAUGGAGCCCUCAGGGACAUGCGUUAUUGGCUGGACAGGCGAUGGCGCAAAUCAAACACCCCGCAGCUGGUCUUCGCCGAGCUUUUGCUGAAACCUUUGGGUGUGUCGCUGACAGACGUCCCUCCGCCUUGCUACCCCCUCUUCUGCCCAUCUGUGAAGAUUGAGGAUGUCUUUCAACCCGGCACCAGUUUUACAGACCACAAUAAGCUUGAGGUAAUCCUCAAUCGCCACAUUGACCGCUUUCCUGAACACCUGGUGGUAGCAACUGUCGCGUCUGUCUCUGGUCAGCGCGCCGGCGUGGGCCUCGUUUUCCCCCGUCUUGAUGGUCACUUCCCCAUCCGCCUCCCUGACUACAUCCCAGUCUUCGAGAGCGAAUUCCUCGCUAUUGUUCUGGCUCUUAGGAUGGUCCCUGCCCGCAAUUGCAAGACGCUGCUCCUAUCAGACUCCCUAUCAGUCAUCACAUCUCUGGCGAACCCGUCUAGCCCACUGCUGCAAUUGCUUGCCUCCCUCACUCCGCCCCACAUCUCCGAAAUCGUGCUAACGUGGAUCCCCGGACACAAGGGCCUCACGCUCAAUGAAGCAGCUGACAGCCUGGCGAAGAUCUCCCUUACUGAGCCCACCCAGACAACACGCAAAGUCCCUCGGAUGUCCUGGCGUUCCCAUCAGGUCCCAAAAAUAAGAAUGUCCCGCUGA